CGUCUCCUCUCCACCCACCACAACCAGAAUAUACCACGUCUCCUCUCCACCCACCACAACCAGAAGAUACCACGUCUCCUCUCCACCCACCACAACCAGAAUAUACCACGUCGCCUCUCCACCCACCACAACCAGAAUAUACCACGUCUCCUCUCCACCCACCACAACCAGAAUAUACCACGUCUCCUCUCCACCCACCACAACCAGAAGAUACCACGUCUCCUCUCCACCCACCACAACCAGAAGAUUUCCUUUUGAGGACUGCUGAAUAUGUCAGGAAUGCUACUUUGGAGCUGUCUUUACAUUUUGAUGCUCAAAAUGGAACACAACUCAAAGGUGAAUAUGAAGACACCUGUCAGUUAUUGGUGGAACAGUGCAGCUGCACAACGGAGGAACAUGACACAAGCAGCCAUGGGAUCCAUCAUUGGGAGCCACUUCUCAGCAGCACUCCUGGCCAUGAAGAGAGUUAUGAUGCUGAAGAGGGAAGCAAAGUAAGUUCUGACACAGCAAAACACCUUUGUGAGGAAUGGGACCCAGCUGGCCAGGUUUCUACCAUUAAAGACUAUCUAAAGACACUUGAGACUGUUAGUUUUCCAUCUGAGUACGCAGUUCUGGAUGGGAUAAUGGAGGAAAACGGUGACAGUGUUACAGAAACUGACCUGCAUGUCGAUUCAGUGAACCAGGAACUUGGGAUGAUACCUCGAUGUGACAUGCUAAGCACAGGGGUCAUAGGUGCGAUGACUGGUGAGUGGAUCAACAACUCGCCCAAAAUUGCCAACCUACCAGUACUCCACCUUCCUGCAGAAGCUACACCUGGAACUGUUCUCUUGCAGGCUGCCAAGGAGGAUCCAGCAGUUGAUCACACCGACGGAACUGAAGCACUACUCAAGAUUGAAAACAAUCAUGUGGUCCCUUUCACCUCAGUACCCAACGAUGCUGUCGUCCCAGGAUCAGAUUCUAACCCAGAGGAUGACACAGUACGGGACCGAGAGGAGGACCGAUCAGUCUCAGUCAUGCCAUCUGCGGCACACAUUCUCUCUGACUGUGUGCCAGCUGGGUUUGACACAUUUGAAAAGAUCCAGCUCUGUCCCCUUGACACCAAUGGCCUGGAGCACAGCCCUCUCCUCAGCAGCUCGCCCAGUCGAACGUUUAAAACUGAGUUCCAACACCACAGUGCUGGUGGCACUAUGCACUCAGGAGAGAGUGAUGAAGAGGACAUAGCAGAGGAAGAAGAGGACCAGUGCCAAGAAGAAGCUGAGAAGGGAUUUUUUCACUGUGAAAACACCAAGUUUAAUGAAGUUCCUGUCCCCGACUUUAUCUCACCCCAAAUCUCUCCAUCAUUGAGUCCAGAAAUGCCUUGCCAGUCUUCUAUUCUUUUCUGUGAAACUUCCCAGUUUGAUUCUCCCCCUCAGGCAAAACUCCCAACUCUCACCUCUGACAAAAACAUCCAUCCGGUCUCUGAAACCCAUGACUUCCCAGAGUUUGAAAUAAAGGAGAGGUUCGACAUGGUCAUGGAAGAGCUCAGUUUGUAUUUCGAGAUCAGUGACGAGGCAGGUUAUCAAUCAUCCAAAAGAGCAACGUCUGAACAGUGCAGCGUUAGGGACCCUGGAGCUGAGGAGGACAACACUGAUUUAAUGACACGGAGCAGUAGUGACCGUCCAAGCAGCCAGGUUGCAGUGGAAGACGAACCACGUGGAGGCACAUCAAUGGGAGAUGGUGACCACGGUCUGAAAACAUAUCAAGCAGAACCAGAAACUACAUGUACCACUGGGGGCCUUGACUGCGAGCAGGAGGUGCCUCUUGAAUGCUGCCAUCACAGCACAGAGGGAGAGGACUCCAUGUACUCUUCAGUCAAGCACAAAGAUCACUCCAGGGGGCAAGGAGCAGAUGAGAAAUGCAAGCUGUGGUCUCCUGCGUUCAUGUUUCUCCCAUGCCUGGACCAGUUAAACCAAAGAAAGCCUGAGCAACCAAAAAGAUUGGAGCCUCUGAAAACAUGCACACGUCCCAUCAGGGUUGGACUCUCCAAGAAGGCUAAGACUAAACAACUUCACCCCUACUCCAAGUGAGCACUUGAUGAAAUGUAUUUAUGCAGGAUAUGUUAACUUAUUUUAUUUUAACUUCAUUAACACAGGGAAGUUCACCUUGAGACCCAGUUCUCUUUUACAAGUGAGCCCUUAACACAUAAAAUACCUUCGUCUUUAUAGUAUACUAUUUCUGGGUUUAACUCUAGCUCUAUGCUAUACUAUUGAAAAUAUAAGAGAUUAUUACAAGCCUUACUUUAUAUGAGAAACUGAGCACUUCAUGUAAUGUAUUUACAGUGCAUUCGGAUAGUAUUCAGACCCCUUUACUUUUUCCACAUUUUGUUAUGUUACAGCGUUAUUCUAAAAUUGAUUAAAUAGUUAUUUUGCCCUCAUCAAUC